GAAUUAAACGAAACGUCAUAUGAAAAAUAGUAUUUAUUUUCACUUUGGCUGAAAACAUCAAAAAUGAUGUAAGCUUGGUUAUAAUAAAUUUCUUUUGUAUACAAAGAAAUCCUAUUGGCUUUAUUCAAAAUUAACAAUAAAAAAAAAAGAAAUGUCACCCGGUAUAAGGCAUCGGUUAACAAAAACCGACAAUAUUCAACCCCUACCAAAGCGAACAUCGAAAAAAACCAAACCAAAGCCGGACACAUUCGAACCAAAACCAAAUAAUGAAAAAGUUGCGAUAGCAAAGAUGAGUUCAUUGAGACCUGGAGCCGAUGUUGCAUUCAAAGCAAUACUUAGUGCUCGUUUUUGUGCAGCAAUUUGGUCUCACAUAGCCGAUUGUGACGAGACAUUUAACUACUGGGAACCAUUGCACUAUCUUUUGUAUGGUCAUGGACUGCAGACAUGGGAAUAUAGCCCGGAAUUUGGAUUACGUUCUUACACGUAUCUUUUGUUUCAUGGCGUUCCAGCUUGGUUUUACAAUGUCAUUUUCCAUCCGAAUCCGAUGCUUAUUUUCUAUUUUGUUCGUUGUGUGCUUGGUUUGUGUUGUGCCAUUAUGGAAGCGUAUUUUUACAAGGCAGUGUGUCGUGAAUUUGGUGUUCAAAUUGGUCGUAUUUGGUUAAUAUUCCAGAUAUUUAGUGCGGGCAUGUUUACUGCUAGCACUGCACUGUUGCCAUCCUCAUUUUCGAUGUAUUGUAGCUGUUUAUCUCUUGCCCUUUGGUGGCAUCAGCAAUAUCCAUUGGCAAUAUUCUUCGUAGCGUUAUCGACGAUUUUAGGGUGGCCAUUUGCAGCCGUACUUGCAUUACCACUUUGCUACGAUGUUCUCGUGGUGCAAAAGAAGUAUCGCUUGUUUGCAUUUUGGUCAGCAAUUUCCGGAUCGACAAUACUACUUCCAAUGGUUGCCAUCGAUUCAAAUUACUUUGGCAAAUUGACCAUUGCACCAUUAAACAUUGUUUUUUACAAUGUUUUUACAUCGCACGGACCAAAUUUGUAUGGGACAGAACCAUGGUGGUUUUAUUUGGUCAAUGGUUUUCUAAAUUACAAUAUCGUAUGGGUGUUAGCAUUGGCCGCACCGUUACUUCUUUUCAUUUGCUACUUAGUUGUGCCGGCGAAAAUAACACCAACACUGUAUUUACCAUAUUACUUAAGCAUGGGACCACUAUACUUAUGGCUGUUGAUUUUUAUGAUUCAACCGCACAAAGAGGAACGUUUUCUCUAUCCAAUUUAUCCAAUGAUUGCUUUAUGCGGUGCAAUUGCGGUCGAUGCAAUUCAAAAGCUAUUUUAUCGUUUACGUUCGGCCAUCCGACCAUUUCCGCCUGGUUCACAUUAUCUUGAUCACACAAUGUGGAUUGCCGGUAUGAUAAUGAUUUUGCCAUCGAUUUUAGGACUAUCACGUGUUGCAUCCUUAUAUUAUAAUUACCAUGCACCAAUGGAUGUUAUGAUGGAAUUGAAUGCAUUCCAUUUGCAACACACUCACGCACCAAAUGUUCAGUACAAUGUUUGUGUUGGCAAGGACUGGUAUCGAUUUCCUGGCUCUUUCUUUUUUCCAGCCGAUAAUUUUCGAUUGCAAUUUCUAAAAUCCGAAUUCAACGGCAUGCUUCCGGCUCAUUAUGAUGAAAGCAUAAACGGUACGAAAAUCGUCCAUAACUAUUUCAACGAUAUGAAUAAAGAGAAUGAAGCAAUCUACUUUAAUUACACGAAAUGCCAUUUUAUAUUUGAUCUCGAUGUGGGAAAGGCGACUGAAUUGGAACCAAAUUAUGCAAAAAAUACCAAAGAAUGGACCAUUUUAAAGUCGAUUCCAUUUUUAAAUGCGGAAAAAUCGCAAGCCAUUUAUCGAGCAUUUUUCAUUCCAUAUAUCAGUGAUAGAUACGUUGAAUAUGGUCAAUUCAAUCUAUUGAAACGAAAAAAAUUCAAUAUUAAGAAAUAAAGAUAAACAUAUUAUAAAUGAUUUUGUGUAAAUUCAACACAAACAAACCAACUGUACGAAAUA